CAGAGCCACGCAGGGGCAGUCCGAGGGUGUAAGGAGACGCCAGCAGGUCCACCGCACGCACGUUCUUAUUUUCUAUCAGGAGGAGGAAGGGGUUGGCCGCAACUAAGUGGCAUUUAGCUACUGAGUCAUAUCCCUUUGAAUAUCACCGUAUUGACCAGUUGACCAGGUUUAAAACUGGUCAGAAAGCGGGGAAGUCAGUUAUCCCUCCUCUUCAGCAACGUGGACGGGAAAUAGACCCUGCAUUUCUGGGUGACACUGGACAAAACUCCCUAUCCCCUCCGGGCGUCGUUCCCCUGUCUGUAAAAUCAAGGUUGGAUUGGAGUUUCCAAACUUAAUUGCAAAUGCUAAUUCCCAUGGGGGAGGGAGUGUUCCUUAAAAAUUUCGGCGUGUUAAGUACAAGUGUCUAGGUUUUUGCAAGCUUUUCAACCGAUUCCUUUUUGUUUGCUUGGUUGGUUGGUUGGUUUUUGGGUGCUGGGGUUUGAACCGGUUCCCUACAUAAUGCUCUAAGCACACGCUCUGUCACUGAGCUGUCCUCCCAGCAGCUGGUUCUGAGCACAGCCUGUUCCCGAAGACUCUGGCCAGAUAGUCCCUAGGGGUUCUUUCAGCUUUAAUGCCUUAAACUUUUUUUUUUUUCAGUACUGGGGAUUGAACCCAGGGUCUCACACAUGUUAGGCACCAAAGGGCCUUCCCUACUACUGAGCUACAUCCCAAAAUAGGAGCGUUUCUGUGAGACCACUUCAAAAACCGAUGUAUGGAUUUUUCAUCAGGGACAGAACUUGGGCACUCUUCCCUUCCGAGUGUCUCACUGCUGACAUCCACUUCAGUCCUGUAGAGAGAAGGGAUGGACAGAUUCCUGGGGAAGGGGGAGGAGCAAGAGCAGACCAGACAUAGAGCUACCCUGGGAGAAGAGGAAGGAUGCCCAAGGAAGAGGACCAGGGGAGAAACCCCUGGGAAUGCCACCCGGUUGGCCGUCCCCAGCUGGCGACACAUUCGGGCUGAGGGCCUGGACUGCGAUUACAUGGUCUUGUUUGGCAAAGCGGAGGCCGAUGAGAUUUUCCAACAGCUGGAGGAAAGAGUGGAAUAUUUUACAGGUGCACUGGCCAGGGUCCAGGUGUUCGGGAAGUGGCACAGCGUGCCAAGGAAACAAGCCACAUACGGCGACGCUGGGCUGACCUACACGUUUUCGGGCCUCACGCUGUCUCCAAAGCCCUGGAUCCCCGUUCUAGAGCGCGUCCGGGAUCGUGUCUCGGGGUUGACAGGACAGACCUUCAACUUUGUGCUCGUCAACAGGUACAAAGAUGGCCGUGACCACAUUGGGGAGCAUCGAGACGACGAGAGAGAACUGGCGCCCAGGAGCCCCAUCGCCUCCGUCUCCUUUGGCUGCAGGGACUUCUGCUUCCGGCACAAGGACUCCCGAGGGAAGAGCCCCCGCCGGAGGCUCGAGGUGGUCAGGCUGCAGCGCCACGGAAGCUUACUGAUGAUGAACCACCCGACCAACGCUCACUGGUAUCACAGUCUUCCCGUCCGCAAGAGGGUUCUGGCUCCGAGGAUCAAUCUGACAUUUCGUAAAAUUUUGCCCAAGAAAUAA